CCCCUCCUCUCCUUCCCCUCCUCUCGUUUCGGUGUGGGCGCCGUGCGACCCUUCUCGGACACCGUCCCUCGCGCGCCCAGCUCGGAGUCCGGCGGCGACCGGCCUCCGCGACAUGGCGGGCUCAGAGGCUGAGUGGGUAACAGUUGCCAAUAACCUUCUCCUGAAAUGUCACAUACAUCUGAGGAUACAUGAACUAGAAGAUUGUGAUGCUAAUGUCUUUAUUGCUCUUUAUCAAUCCAUUUUGGGAGAAAAGGUACCAGACCUCAUAACUUGUCCCAGGAGUCAAGAGGAUGAAGCUCACAAUGUACAAGCAGUAAUUGAUUCUUUGGCCUUGGAUUACCUGCAGGUCAGCUUGUCUCAUAUAACAGGAGAAAAUAUAAUGAAAGGAGAUAAAGAAUCUAUUAAGAAUCUCCUAGAAAUAUUUGAUGGAUUGCUGGAGUAUCUUACAGAACACAUCAGCGAAGCAUCUCACGAGAAAAGUGAAACUGGAGAGGGUUUUAAAGAAUCCCAUGGAGAAGAACCUUUGGAAGAGUCAGAAAGUAUUAAAGAAUCCAAAUCAUCAUGGAAAAGAGUUUCUUCUGGGAGGUGUUCCUGGUCAUCUGAGGCUUUGGACCCUUCUUGGGAUGGAGAUGAAGUAGAAUCUACUGGUGAAAUAAUUAGACUUGGAGACACAGCACACACCUUUUCUCUAAGAAGUAAUGGUACCCAAGAUCCUAACAGAAUGCAUUCUGAACAGUCCUCAACUGUACCAUGUUCAAAGUCACGUGAAGAAGUGUUGAACCCUCUCUCACCCAGUUUUUUGUCCAAGAGUAAGACAUACUUUCUUAAAGACACAGAAAUUCCUUCUGUGGAAAUGACUCCAAGUGCUAGGAAGCUAGGGGAGCCUAUCCGAUCAGCUAUUCCUUUACAUCCACCUUAUCAGCCUUCAGAGCCUCGAGCACCCUAUCCCAUAGGAAAAGAAUACUUGCGUUCAAGUCAUUGCUCCCCUGCCAUGAAUUCUACUGGAGAGGGCACAGAAUUUUUUGUGGAACCAGAUAAUAGAGUUUUCUUAACUUCCAAAUUGCCUGAAGAUAACAAACAGGAAACAUGUCCAACUCAAGUCCAAAGCCCUAGGACAAGGAAGCUUCCUAAAGGAAAAAGAUAUGAAAACAAAGCUGCAGUCUCAUCAUCCUGGGAUUCACCUUUCUCUCAGAAGCCAGAAGAUAGGUUAACAGGACAAGAAUUACAUGCAGUAUCAGAGAAACUCUCUCAACGGCUCUCUGAACUAGAUUGGAUGUUAAAAAGUGCCCUGGGUGAUCGAAUUAAAGAAAAGACUCACCACAAAGAAGAUACUGGAAAUGAAGAGGUGAAGAGUGGAAAUUUUGAGACACUGUCCCAGCACAGUGACGGCGUCAUGGAGUGUGGGCCAAAGAAGCGAAAGCCAGGACUUUCCACACCUAGAAAGCCACCCUACAGAUCUCAUUCGCUCUCUCCAUCUCCAGUUAACAAAAACAAACAGUUCCAUAUGGAAAGAAAAAAGCAGAGAAAGCCAAAAGAAACAGAUAUCCGCCGAUUCCAAGCUAAGGCACUAACUGAGGCAUUUGAAAGGGAACUAAGAAGAAAUAAAGUUCAAGAGAAUAUUGGACCUCCAGAAACAAAUGAGGAGGAAACAGAAAAAAUAUACAGAGAAGCUGGUCAUAAAAGAACUCCAAAACACAGUCAACCCUGGAAGAUUUACUCUAGAAACACCAUAACUCCAAGUCCAAGAGGUGGCUUGCCAAAAGCAAACAAAGUAGUUCCAAUGAAAGUAAAUGAACACAGUCUCCUGCCCCUGAUGCUUGAGCAGUUUCCAUUUCUCCAUGUUUCUGGCCAAACACUAAGCAAAAUGUGGAAACAGCAAAUUGCACAGGUUGAACAGCUCAAAAAAGACGCAUAUAGAGAAGAUCGAUCAAAGAAGAAACUCCAGGAUGAAAUAGAAGAAGCCUUAAGAAGGCAUGACCUGCUUACUGCACUUGUCAAGAAAGAAUAUGAACAUGACAAGAGAUUGCAAGACUUCAAGGACUGCAUUCAUAGGCAGAAGUUGACCCAAUCAAAAAUAAAAGAAAGUCGACAGCAGAUUGUUCGAGCCCGAAAAUAUUAUGAUGAUUAUCGAGUUCAGUUGCGUGCAAAAAUGAUGAGAAUGAGGACCCGAGAAGAAAUGAUAUUUAAGAAACUGUUUGAAGAAGGCUUACAAAUUCAAAAGCAAAGAUUACGAGACUUAAGAAACUAUGCCAAAGAAAAGCGAGAUGAACAAAAGAAACAGCACCAGAAUGAACUGUACUCGAUGGAGAACUACUAUAAAGACCAGUUUUCAUUGCUGGCAGAAGCCAUAUCACAGGAACAUCAAGAACUCAAAGCCAGAGAAAAAUCCCAGACCCAGACAUUAUAUAAGGUGAAGAGGGAGCUGAGAUCUAAGAUGGAGAAGGAAAUUCAACAACUGCAGUACAUGAUCACGCAGAACGACGAAGAUGCUUUCUUCCGGGAAUUAGAAGCUGAGCGCUUCAAAUCUCGGCUUCACCUGGCUUCCUUUCAGUACAGUAAAAGGCCCUUCCCCUGAGGCUACUUCCAUAAGUGGCCAAGUCUGGAAGACUUGACCAGGGCAGACUUAGAAUUGAGUAAGUAAACUAAACCAAAAGAAUCAUUUCUAAAUGUCUUGUCUACAUAUUCAUUCCAAUACUUUUAAUGAAGUAACGUUUUAAAUAAAAAUUGUUUUCUUAAAA